AUGAUGUCUAAAAGUGAUACUCCUCCGUCGUACGAGGAGGCGCUGAAUCACCCAAAGUUUGAUCAUCCUCCCAGCCAGCCACAAUAUGGCGCUUCUCUUUCCUCACCCCCGUCUUACAGUCCCAGUCCUGGCAUGUUCCCAGGCCAGCCUGGUUACUGGGGCCAGGGGGGCGUCUACCCGCAGUCCAGCAUGUAUCCAGGCCCAGGCUUCUCUCCAGCUGGGAUCCCCAUCGCCACUCUGUCAGCAGGACUGCCUGCAUCCAACCCAGGAGACAUGGAUGAUUUGAUCAGCAGCCAGUGGGAAAGCACAUCUGUUCGGCAUGCCUUCAUCAGAAAAGUUUACUUUAUUUUAACAGUGCAGCUUGCAGUCACCUUUUCAGUCAUUUCUGUCUUCACAUUUGUGGACUCGGUGAGGCUGUUUGUCAUCAGCUACCCCGUCAUCUACUGGACGUCUUAUGUGGUGUUCCUUUUGGUUUACUGCAUUCUCAUCUGCUGCAAAGAGCCCAGGAGGCGCUUCCCACUGAAUCUGGUGUUGCUGGGUAUAUUUACUGUUGCUUUUUCUUACAUGGCUGGAACAAUUUCAAGCUAUUAUGAAACAAAAGCAGUGUUUCUCGCCAUGGGAAUUACAGCCAUCGUGUGCAUAGCGGUGACAGUCUUCUGCUUUCAAACCAAGGUGGACUUCACCUCCUGCGGUGGAUUUCUCUGCAUCGCGUCUGUUUUGCUCAUGAUCAUUGGGAUUGUUACGGCCGUCGUGCUCUCCUUCCAAUAUGUCCCCUGGCUUCACAUGCUCUACGCUGCAAUAGGAGCCAUCAUUUACACUCUGUUUUUAGUGUACAACACUCAGCUCCUCAUCGGUAAUCGAGAGUUGGCCAUCAGCCCAGAGGAGUACAUCUAUGGAGCCCUCUCCCUCUACGUUGAUAUCAUGAACAUCUUUCUGUUUAUCCUUCAAAUCAGCGGGGCAGCAACUGAAUGA